AUGGCCGCGAUCCAUGAGUCGUCGGCAACACAGCGCGGAGCUUGGGGCGGUUCAGUGCCCGGACGUCGCCGUAUCCAGCGGAAUCGCCUAGAAGGGCACCAAAGGUUGUUCAAUGACUACUUCGCCGAUCCCCCUGUGUACCCCGAUUACAUAUUCCGGCGCAGGUUCAGGAUGAAACGUGGCCUGUACCUCAGAAUCGUGGAGGCAGUUGAGGACCGUGACCCGUGGUUCCAACAGAGGAGGAACGCGGCAGGGGAGCUCGGGCUGUCCGCGUUGCAAAAAGUCACUGCGGCGUUUCGUAUGCUAGCAUACGAUGCUCCUGCGGAUUCGCUGGAUGAGUGCCUCCGACUCGGAGAGUCCACCAUCAUUGAGAGCAUGAGGCGGUUUGUUCGGGCCGUCGUCGAGGUGUUUGGCGAUGAGUACCUCCGUUCUCCGAACGAGGAGGACACCGCUCGUUUGAUUGCUACAAACGAGCGAAGAGGGUUCCCGGGGAUGCUGGGAAGCAUCGAUUGUAUGCAUUGGAGGUGA